CGUACGGUAGUUUCUGUUUAGGUACACCUUUCCUGCCACCUGUCAAACUAGAAGUUUGGACAUUUGACAUUCUCACAUUCUGUUUUUGGAACAGAUGACAGUGAAGUUGGGAAAGGGAUGUGUUUGUAAUUGUUGCUCCUGAAAACAUAAAUAUUUUUUAAUCAAAGUUUUUGAGAUUUUCGAUUUUAAAUGUCAAGAUGGAAAAUAUUGAGAAAAACGUGGUGCUUCUUUUGAACGGAAGAGAUGCCGAAGAACCACAGGAUUUCUGUGAUUUCACACUUGAAGAUCAAAAUGAAGCUGCCAUUUCAAAGGGUCUUGCUCCUUCUGCACCACCAGACUUUGUUCCCAUCUUGAAACAGUCUGUGUGCUAUGUUGUGAUGGCUGUUAUCAUCAACGAAAAAAAUGAAAUCUUAAUGAUGCAAGAAGCUAAAAGUUCUUGUGCUGGGCAGUGGUAUCUUCCUGCUGGUAGAGUUGAACCGAAUGAAAGCAUAAUGGAUGCAUUCAAACGAGAAGUUUUGGAGGAAACUGGUUUGACAGCUGAAGCUGCAACAUUAUUGAUGGUGGAAUCAGCUGCUGGAUCAUGGUACAGGUUUGUUCUGGCUGGGAAUGUCACAGGUGGCUCAAUCAAGUUACCUUCUCAAGCAGAUUCAGAAUCUCUGCAAGCCAAGUGGGUCCACAAUUUAUCUGACCUCAGCCUGAGAGCAGGCGAUAUUCUAUCUAUAGUUGAACAUGCUCGCUCCUUCAAAACCCAGCAAGAAAGUCAACAAGCAUUCCACCCCUCUCUUCUUCCUACGCCUCGCUCAUACACAAAGUUAUUUUUAAGGUUGAUCAUCUGCGCACGACGUAAAACAAACAAUAGAGUACACAUCUUAGUAUCAGAAAAGACGGCGGCGCAUUUGCCCAUUUGCGAAAUUCACCCUGGUCGAAGUUUACACGCAAUCCUCAAAAAAUUUAUGACGGAAAUGUUUGGCGCUGAUUUACCAUCGCAUCGGCCUCACGGAGUCUUAGCUUUGGGUCACAAUUAUCAACCACGCCCCAAAAUCUCGGAUGGACUAUGUCUAACUUUGUUAGUUUCUGUGCGGCUUCCACUGGAAGAAGUCGGAUUAAUCGAUAAAUAUUCAUGGUUUCAAGUGAGCUUGGAAGUGGCUGGUAUUCUCCUGUCGAGAAUGGGAAAAUUCCGCACUGUUCCACUCAACGUCGUUCGGUAAGCAGCUGGACUUCAGAAUCUGACGCAUAAAUUGACUUCAAGUUCUUCCGUGUUUUCAUUUCGUUUAGUUACAGUAAACGUAGUGAAUUAUCUGAUGUUUUAUAGAAUUGUUAAUGCCGAAAAGUCUUCUGUUUUUAAAUGUUGCGUUUUUUUCCAGCUAUCAUUCUUCCGUCCAUUGGUACAUGUCUGUCGGCGUUGUGUAUAUUUAUGAAACUGUGACCAUUUCCAAUACUUUUAUUUAUACACAUGAAAAUACACAGUUGUUAACCUUC